GCGGCGCAGGGCGGGCGGGCGCGCGCGGGCGGGCAGAGGCGGACCGUGGUCGGAGCCGAAAGCGAGGGCGGCGCCCAGAGAUUCAAGCAGCGAAGAAGAGCAGGGCAGCUGGCCUGGAGCGCAGAGCCGGGGCGUGUGCCAUGGCCCCACACUGGGCCGUCUGUCUGCUGGUAGUGGAGCUGUGGGGCCUGGGCCUUGGGGCUGAGGUGUGGUGGAACCUGGUACCCCGGAAGACGGUAUCUUCUGGGGAGCUAGCCACGGUGGUGCGGCGCUUCUCCCAGACGGGCAUCCAGGACUUCCUGACCCUGACCCUGACCGAGCAGACUGGGCUCCUGUACGUCGGGGCCCGGGAGGCCCUGUUUGCCUUCAGUGUGGAGGCUCUGGAGCUGCAAGGAGUGAUCUCAUGGGAGGCGCCAGCUGAGAAGAAGGCUGAGUGUAUCCAGAAAGGGAAGAGUAACCAGACGGAGUGUUUCAACUUCAUCCGCUUCCUACAGCCAUAUAACACAUCCCACCUGUACACGUGCGGUACCUAUGCCUUCCAGCCCAAGUGCACCUACAUUGACAUGCUCACCUUCACCCUGGAGCGGAGCGAGUUUGAGGAUGGCAAGGGCAAGUGCCCCUAUGACCCGGCCAAGGGCCACACAGGCCUCCUUGUGGAUGGUGAGCUGUACUCGGCCACGCUCAACAAUUUCCUGGGCACGGAGCCAGUCAUCCUGCGGAACAUGGGACCCCAUCACGCCAUGAAGACGGAGUACCUGGCCUUCUGGCUCAACGAACCUCAUUUUGUGGGCUCCGCCUACGUCCCGGAGAGCGUGGGCAGCUACACGGGGGACGACGACAAGGUGUACUUCUUCUUCAGCGAGCGCGCAGUGGAAUAUGACUGCUAUGCCGAGCAGGUGGUGGCCCGCGUGGCCCGCGUCUGCAAGGGCGACGUGGGGGGCGCGCGGACGCUGCAGAGGAAGUGGACCACGUUUCUGAAGGCACGGCUGGUGUGCUCCGCGCCCGACUGGCAGCUCUACUUCAACCGGCUGCAGGCGCUGUACACGCUGCAGGACGCCUCCUGGCACAACACCACCUUCUUCGGAGUUUUCCGGGCGCGGUGGGGCGACAUGGACCUGUCGGCUGUCUGCGAGUACCAGCUGGAGGAGAUCCAGAAGGUGUUCGAGGGGCCCUACAAGGAGUACCACGAGCAGGCCCAGAAGUGGGGCCGCUACACGGACCCUGUCCCGACCCCGCGGCCCGGCUCGUGCAUCAACAACUGGCACCGACGCCACGGCUACACCAGUUCCCUGGAGCUGCCCGACAACAUCCUCAACUUCAUCAAGAAGCACCCCCUGAUGGAGGAGCAGGUGAGGCCUCGAUGGGGCCGCCCCCUGCUGGUGAAGAAGAAUGCCAACCUCACCCACCUGGUGGCCGACCGGGUCUCGGGGCUUGACGGGGCCACCUACACGGUGCUGUUCAUCGGCACAGGAGACGGCUGGCUGCUCAAGGCCGUGAGCCUGGGGCCCUGGGUUCACCUGAUCGAGGAGCUGCAGCUGUUUGACCAGGAGCCUGUGGAGAGCCUGGUCCUGUCCCGGAGCAAGAAGCUGCUCUUCGCGGGCUCCCGCUCCCAGCUGGUGCAGCUGCCCCCAGCCGACUGCAUGAAGUACCGCUCCUGUGCUGACUGUGUGCUCGCCCGGGACCCCUACUGUGCCUGGAACACCAACAGCAGCCGCUGCGUGGCCGUGGGCGGUCACUCCGGGUCCCUGCUGAUCCAGCACGUGACGGUCUCGGAUACCUCGAACAUCUGUAAUUUCCGGGGCAGUAAGAAAGUCAGGCUCACGCCCAAAAACAUUACGGUGGUGGCGGGCACAGACCUGGUGCUGCCUUGCCGUCUCUCCUCCAACCUCGCCCACGCCCGCUGGACCUUCGGGGGCCGUGACCUGCCCGCGGAGCAGCCUGGCUCCUUCCUCUACGAUGCCCGGCUGCAGGCCCUGGUGGUGAUGGCUGCCCAACCCCGCCACGCAGGCGCCUACCACUGCUUCUCGGAGGAGCAAGGGGCCCGGCUGGCUGCCGAAGGCUACCUCGUGGCCGUGGUGGCGGGCCCAUCGGUGACGCUGGAGGCCCGGGCCCCGCUGGAGAACCUGGGGCUGGUGUGGCUGGCUGUGGUGGCCCUGGGCGCCGUCUGCCUGGUGCUGCUGCUGCUGGUUCUGUCCCUGCGCCGGCGGCUGCGCGAGGAGCUGGAGAAAGGUGCCAAGGCGGCCGAGAGGACCCUGGUGUACCCGCUGGAGCUGCCCAAGGAGCCCACCAGCCCCCCCUUCCGGCCCGGCCCCGAGACGGACGAGAAGCUCUGGGACCCUGUGGGCUACUACUACUCAGACGGCUCCCUCAAGAUCGUGCCUGGCCACGCCCGGUGCCAGCCCGGCGGUGGGCCCCCCUCGCCGCCCCCCGGCAUCCCCGGCCAGCCCCUGCCUUCUCCGACGCGGCUCCACCUGGGAGGUGGCCGGAACUCCAACGCCAACGGCUACGUGCGUCUCCAGCUGGGAGGGGAGGACCGGGGCGGCCUCGGGCAUCCUCUGCCCGAGCUCGCGGACGAACUGAGGCGUAAACUGCAGCAGCGCCAGCCGCUGCCGGACUCCAACCCCGAGGAGUCCUCCGUAUGAGAGGGGCCCCUCCGGCGGCAGGCUGGGAGGCACGCUCCCUACGUUUUUGCACAGGCACCAACUACCUCAGGGACAUGGCGUGGGCAACCUGCUCUGCCCGGGACAGACCCUGCCCGGCACCGCCCGGCCAUGAGGACCUGCUCUGUCAGCACGGGCACUGCCACUUGCUGUGGCUUACCAGGGCACCGGCCUUGCAGAGGGCACCUUCCUCCUCUGUGAGAGGCUGUGAAUCACGGACGCGUGGGACCCCAACAGCCAAAACCUUUCAAGGCAGAAGUUGCAGAUGUGGGUGUGUUUGUGGACACGUGUGUGAAUGUAGAUGUGUGCACAUACGUACUUAUGUUCAUUCGUGUGUGUGUGUGUGUGUGUGUGUGUGUGUGUGUGUGUGUGUGUAUGAUGUAGUCUUCCUGUUUCUGUCAAGUCUUCCCUUGGCCUGGGGUCCUCCUGGUGGGUCAUUGGAGCUAUGAAGGGGAAGGGGUCGUAUCACUUUGCCUCUCCUGCCCCCACCUGUCCCCAGUAGGGGGCAGCCAUGUACAUAUGGGGGUGGGCUGGGCAGGGUGCUGGGCCCCUUUGUGGGAAUCAGGGCUCUGGGGUGGGGCCUGGUCCUGCUCCCAGGGCUAUGAAUGUUUUCAGGGUGGGGGGUGGGGAGAUGAAGCCUCCUGUGUGUUUGGGGUAAGGGUUGGGAGGGGCCCCCCACUUGGCCCUGGGGUUCAGUGGUAUUUUAUACUUGUCCUCCCUGGCAGGGCUGGGAAAGGUUGUGUGUGGGGGGGAGGUGGGGGGAAGGUGAGAGGGGUGGGCAUGCUGUGGAUCUGGCAUAUCCUCUCCCAGCCCUAGGAGGAGGGCUCCCAGCAGUGUAACUUAUUGUGUCCCCGCGUAUUUAUUUGUUGUAAAUAUUUGAGUAUUUUUAUAUUGACAAAUAAAAUGGAGAAAAGGAAACCA